AAACCGGUCGGGUCUUAUUCGACCGCGCCUCGGCCGCGGUGUGGCGCACGCCGUUUAGGGGCCCCCGGUGCCACUGCGCAUUGCAUUCCUGCCUUGCAACUUUCCCGCUGUCCAUUCGGUCGGGCUCCUUCGAUCGAAUCUCUCUCUCCCUUUUCUCUUAUUCCUUCUGUUGGCGAGUGUCUUUUUCAUCGCUGAUACAUUCGCUCGUCCCUUGCUGCGGCCCUUUUCUGCGCCGCUCCGCACCUUUUUCCGCGCUGCUUGUCCAUGUCAAGUAGUGUCGACGUCCAAAGACGUCCGGACAUCUGGUCUUACUUCAGUUUCUCCAGCACGCCUCGCCGACGCACCUCUCUUUCACUGCCUCUGAAGAGCAACAGCACCUUCGAUCCCUUCGAAAAAUCCGACCGCCACAGCGACCGUCCCUCGACGUCGUCCACCACCGCUACCAGCUUAAUGAACGACUAUAAAGUUGGAGGUGGGAAUAUGAACCAGGGCCAGCGGACCCGGUACCUCAAGGCCGGGGGUAUCAUUGCCUUUAUAAUCAUUGUUUUCUUCUUCUUGGCUCCAGGCCACAGCGGACCUACUGCCUCGGGCAAGUUUCCUGGCGGCGAUGUAGCCUCGGAUCCCAGCGUCGCCACCGAUAAGUGCACCAGGUCGUACUCCGCCGACAAGCCUCUUAUCCAGUAUGCUCUUAUGAUCGAUGCUGGUAGCACCGGUUCCCGCAUCCACGUUUACCGCUUCAACAACUGUGGCCCCACGCCCGAAUUAGAGCAUGAGAACUUCGAACAGACCGCAAAGAAGGAGGGCGGUUCCGGCUUGAGCUCCUACAAGGCUGAUGCUGAGGGUGCUGCCAAAAGUCUGGAUCCCUUGAUGGAGGUUGCGUUGAAGAACGUUCCGGAGAAACUGCAGGGAUGCACGCCCAUUGCCGUCAAGGCGACUGCUGGUCUCCGCAAGCUUGGUCCCGAAUUGAGCAACAAGAUCCUGGAGGCUGUGCGUACCCGACUUGAGACCCAGUAUCCUUUCCCGGUUGUCGCAGCCGAGAGGGGCGGUGUCGAAGUCAUGGACGGUACAUACGAGGGUGUCUACGCUUGGGUUACGACCAACUAUCUGCUCGGCAAGAUCGGUGGUCCCGACAAGUCGCCUACGGCCGCCGUCUUUGACUUGGGCGGUGGAUCUACCCAGAUUGUCUUCGAACCGACCUUCGCUGAGGCCAAGGACGGUGGUAUGCCCCAGACGCUGGCAGACGGUGACCACAAGUACGAGCUUGCAUUUGGUGGCCGGAAUUUCACGUUGUAUCAGCACUCUUACCUGGGGUACGGACUGAUGGCUGCGAGAGAGAACCUGCACAAGCUGGUCUUCGAUGCCGCCUAUGACGAAGUCAAGAAGUCAAAGGACCCCUCGGAUACUACCUGGUUGAAGAAGUCCGUCUUGAACCCUUGCAUUAUUCCAGGAAUGAGCCGCGAGGUUGAGGUGCAGCUUGGUGAGCAGCACCCGCUUGGCGCAUCCGUUAAGGUCAACAUGGUUGGUCCCACUGAAGGUAGCCCGGCCCAGUGCCGCGCCAUCGCCGAGAAGUCCCUGAAGAAGGAGGCCGAGUGCAAGCUCGCGCCUUGCGCUUUCAACGGUGUGCACCAGCCCUCUCUCGCCAAGACGUUUUCCCGCGAGGACAUCUACCUGUUCUCUUACUUCUACGACCGCACGGCCCCACUGGGCUUGCCCAGCAGCUUUACGCUGGACGAGCUCAAGGACCUUGUUAACCGUGUAUGCCAUGGCAAGGAGAGCUGGGACGUGUUCCACUCCAUCGAGGGUGCUAUGGAUGAGCUCAAUGGUCGCCCGGAGACGUGCUUGGACCUCAACUUCAUGCUUGCGCUUCUCCAUACCGGCUACGAGAUGCCAAUUGACCGCGAGGUCAGGAUUGCCAAGAAGAUUAAUAACAAUGAACUGGGCUGGUGCCUGGGUGCUAGUCUGCCUUUGCUAAGCCAAGAGUCUGGCUGGCAAUGCAAGCUCAAGGAAGUUACGAAAUAAAUGAUCCAUGAAAGGACGGAUCUUCACGGGCGGUGGUUUCGCAUAAUGAGGCGUUCAGGGUUCCGUUGGGCUGGCUCUGGGUUGCCCUAGAGUAUGGAAGGAUGUAUAUCUUAUCUUCCUCAGGUCAAUGUGUCCAUACAUCAAAGCGAACGUUGCAGGACUACGUUAGCGUCACGGUUGGUCAUUGGAAUGCAAGAGUCGGAAUAGAACGGGGUUGGACAUCAUGUCCAAAGGUAGAAAUAGUUUAAUAGUGAUCAUGUUCCACGACGCUCUACAAGUAAAUCAUGUCGGUCAGGUCGAAAGC